CAGAAAGGACGGAGGGGGUUGCAAAAGUCAAUGAACAGAGGAUUGUCCACUUCAUUCAGUGAAAAGCAAUUAUGUCCCAGGCUCACAAGUGAGCAGAAACAGGUCCAUUUGUAGCUAUUUUUAACUCCCUGAUGCUUCUGAGCCCUACAGUAUGGUUUAAUCAUUCCAAAGUAUUGAGUGUGCCCACUUUGGCCAAUUAGGCCAAAACCCCCAGUCUGUGUCACGGUCAAACUGGAUAAACGACACGCGAGCGCAGUCUCAUAAACUAACCGCUUAUUUAAACCAGCUAAAAGUCGUGUCCUGGAUUUUUAUCCCAACCUAGAAACCCCCCAAAGAAUCCAAACAAUGCGUUGUCUAAUUGGGUGAAGGGUUGAGGGAAAUCUGUCUGAUUAGCCUUCUCCAACAGACGGGGAUUAAGCUUUUGGUCUGUAAUUAUUAUAAAGCAUACGUCAGCAGACAUCCACCCAUUUCAGUGGAGCAGAGGGAUCCUGCGAGGUGACUGUGCUAUCUGUCAGGCCAAGUCAGACGCGAGGACCCAAGAAUAGGAGCAGUACUGGAGCAGGAACAGGAAUAUCCUCCUGAGUCAGUGCCACGACGCUGACAAACCACGCUCCCCGGCAGAGCUGCCUCUGCUCCGAUAAUCAGCAUCCUAUGCUAUUCUGCUCAAGAUGGCGGUGCAGGCAGCGGAGAAGGACGGAGUAGUGUUGAAGAAUGUGGAAGAAGACCACCUGAAUGACUCGCUGGGGAACCCCGGCCUCAUCUCACCUGACAAGGAGGAUUUAUCACGCCUCCUGACGGUGCCAUUCAGCGGGCGCAUCCGGGGCGGCAUGCGGCCGGGGAAGAAGAUAAUAGUGAUGGGCAUCGUGGACCUGGAGCCAGACAGCUUUGAUGUCAGCCUGAUCUGUGGACGUGAUUCAGAGAAAGGGGAGCCUCCAUUUGAUGUGGCCCUGAAACUCACGGCUCGUUUCACUGACCGUCAGUUCCUUCGCAGCGCUCGGGUUUCUGGGAAAUGGACAGAGGAGGAGGCGUCCACCGCCUAUUUUCCCUUCAUCCCUGAUCAGCCUUUUAGGAUUGAGAUCCACUGCGAGCACCAGAGGUUCCGGAUAUUCGUGGAUGGACACCAGCUCUUUGACUUUUAUCACAAAGUAAAAUCUUUGCCCUCUAUCGACACAGUACGAAUACAAGGAGACCUACAGAUCACCAAGCUCGGUUAACUUGCCCUCCGACCAAUUCCCGCUCCGCAAGUCGUGUGUGAAGCAAGGACUUGAUCACAGAUGACCACACACACGUGCGCCUGUUACAUCAUCAUCCAUAGCCCAUCGUACAGCACUGCAUCAGCAUAGUAACUGGAUCAAAGUUUUUCUGCUUCGCUGUUUCUUCUUCUUCCUCUUCUUUCUGUUGAACCAGGAUCUGAUGUGAUGGUGCUUUGUGGGUGAAUGUGUUUGAUCCAUUUUUCAGGUAUUUUUCCCUUGUAGCCCCAGUUUUUAGAUCAGGGAACUUGUAGCUUAUUUAUAGGACAUUCCACUUUUAUGUCGAAUCCUUUAGGGAAUUUGAGAUGGAAGCAGGUGUGGAGGUUUGAAGAAACCAGUUAAGAUAAAAAUAUCUGACACUUAGCAGCUAAAGUGAAAGUUAAGUGUUGUUCAUGGGUAGAGAACAAAAUCAAAAACUUAAAGUCAAUUCAACUCACUUUGUUUAAACAUACAAGCGUCCUCUUAAAUGACCAAGCAACAUGAACAAAUGUGCAGUAAAACUCAGACAGGCCAGAGCAGUGUUCCCAAAUUAGGCGGAUACAUGAUGCUAUGCGAGAUGCAACUGGUUUCAAUUCAAAUAUACCUGUAUGUGUAUAUGUGUAUAUUUUAUAUGCUUCAGUUAGAUUGAGCUCAGCACAGCUGGAUGUGUAAUUAUUUCAAAAACUCAUCUGAGCACAACACAACGCUGCAUAGCGGCCUGUUUUCUCUCUGCUGAUGUAUAUCUAACUCUGCUGGCACUCCUCUGCAUCCCUUGGGUUUAUUCCAGUUGUCAUGGUAACAUGUUGCAGCCUCAUUGACCUAAAUACCCAAAAAUGAGGAUUAUAUCAUGACAAGAUGUAGCAUCCCAUGCUUAACACAGCGUGUCUGGAUAGUUUGCACUUUCUUUUUUUUUUUAUUACAGCCACUCUCCUGUAGGUAGACUACGCUAUAGAGGCAGUAGAGCUGCAGAGAAAUGAAUUUAAAAAUUGACUUCUGCUCCUUUUUUCUUUUGCAAGCCUCAUCAGAGUUGAACACUAAAAUAAGAUAUAAGUUUUACUCCUUAUAUGAAGAAGAAACCGUGCUGUCAGAGAGGUCACAGGUUCAGCCAAGUGCAGGUUCAGUCACACAUUUUGGAGUCAGGGGUCAGAUCCUGGGGGUACUUUGAAUGUAUAGGGUUGAUGUUUUUUUUUUUUUUUUUGUUUUGUUUUGUUUUUUAAUAGUAGCAUAGAAGAUAUAGUGAUGCACAGAUUGAUUUCUCAAUGUCACAGUUUUUGGUGGUAUGGCUGGUGCUGUUUUAGUCCAUUAUAGGUCUUGUGUGUCUCAUGGCUUUUUAAAAAAAAAAACAGUUUUCCUGAAUCAUUCCUCAUCAGCAUCUUGCCCACACUGAUGCAGUCUCAUCCUUUCCUAGUGCUGCAGGCUGUGUUUUAGAAGUCUAACUAACACAAAUGUCUGGUCUCUUAUGCAUUGUCUUUAUGACAGUUUCCUUCACUGGGGCAGAGAGCAAGUUCUAAAGAACAUAUACAAAUAGAGAGGAGAUCUUCAAGUUAAACCCACAAGUAUUGUGUGUAUUAAAUCUUAAGGUGCUCUGUUUACACUCUUCCAGUAUCAGCAUUGACUAUGCGUUAUGAGAUGUUUCUCAUUCUCUAGAAAGAUGUAAAAACUCACUGCAGACAUUAAAAGGUACUGUUUUUUUUUCUGUUUAUGCAUUUAUGUGUUUUUUGGCACAACUUCACCUACUUCUAAUAUGCAUGUAGGAGAAGGAAAAGUCUGAAGAAGACAAAGCUCUUGCAAAAAGAUGGCCAGAUUUGUUCUAGACAAAUGGCUUAGGGCGGCAAUAAAGUUUCUCUUUGUUGCUGAAGUUUUGACCUGUUUAAAGGGUUUUAUAAAAAAAAUGAUUUAAAUUUAAGUUAUGUUUAUGGGUCAGUUAUAAGCCUGAACAUAUUUGCCAAGUUGUGAAAAAUCCCUUUUGUGUGUAAUUAAAAUUGUAUUUAUUAAUGUUGGUAAACGUCUAUUACGAGUCCCACUUUUAGAAAUGUUAAUAAAUCAUUAAAGUUUCCUGGGUUUAUAAAGAUGCAUUAAAGCUAAAAUUAUAAACAUUGAUAAGCUGUUCAUGAAUAAUAGAUACACUCUGGUGCAGAUGCCCUGCAGCUGUUUCCCAGACAAAAAAAAACAAGGCACGUAUCAUUUCACAUGAAGGGUUAGCCAAGGGGGUUUUUCACAACUCUGAAAUGUUUCCUGAAACUGCUCAUAAAUGUGAUUUGUAAUACAUUUAUAACACAUUAGGGGGUGUAACAGAAACCAAAGUCAUGAUACAAAUAAUACAUUUUGAAGGUCUUUCAGGUACAGAAGUAUCAUGCAUCACAAUAAUGGAAAAAUGGAAUGGCGUACGCUGUUUUCCUACAAUUAUUAUAAUGUCAGAAAUCAAACUAUUCGAUAGAAAUUCACAGAAUAAAUUAUCACAACUUGUAAAUGUUGGAAAGCGGCGCUGCUGGUUCUGUUUAUGACAGUAAAACCUAAACCAGGUUUCAUGAGCCUGUUUGACACUGAAGAAGUGAACAGCAGUUGUCUGCACAAAACUGCUCAGACAUUUUGACAUUUUCACCCUCACACAUUCUGUGUUUAUCAUAAGCCAAUGAUGGUUUUUGGAUCGAUUUUUUGCUGCUGUAAAAUUGGAGUAAGCCAUGAAUGAGGCUUCCUUUAUGGGCAAACUCUAAGUAAACCUCUUCAUUACCUGUGGGCAGCGUUUGUCAAAAUGCAGAAAGGCUGCUUUCUAUACAUGCAUGAGUAUUUACUGGUUCCUUUGACAUAGCAAUAACAUCGCUGCUCCUACAGCUGACUCUAAGCUUCUUUUUGCCUGGUUGGUCAGACAGCGUCUUCCUGAGUUCCUCGUUUUCCCCAAAUUUAUUCUGGACACAAACGAGCGUGGUACUGAGAAUUGGACUAAGAUGGAUAGGUGUGUGUGAAUCAUUCUUACUUCAGUAUUACAAGGGCAAAUGUGUCCAGAUAACAUGUAAUUAUGCUGAUUGGGCGUGUUGUUGGAUGCUAUUUUUAUUCUGGUGACCAUAUUUCACAGCAGUUUACUGUAAUAAUGUUGAUAUAGUCCAUGGAAGUAUGUUUGAGUGAUGUAAAAACAAGAUGUGUGUUGAAGGGUGAUACAGGUUCAUGUUUUGGGUCUUCAGUUGACUGUGUUGACAGCAGCAGGAGGUACGGGGGAGGGAGAGGAACAAUUCAAGACUUCCUGUGCUCAUUCCAGGGAGCUCUUUAUAUGUGUGCUGAGCUGAGCUGGGAGUCUGUUUGGCUCAGCAUAGUGUACACUUGAACUCUGCCAUUAGCAAAUUGUUUCUGGAACUGCUGUGUUUUUUCCCAGCUGAGCGCAGUUUGUUUUCCUCUAGGUUUUUAGAUGUGGUGCAGGUACAGGAUAAAACCUUGUGGGGUACUUACCUAUUUUGUACUGUUGCACUUUAAAAAAGAAAAUUGCAAAACCACAGCGAGAAGAAAACAGUUGAAGCAUUUUUACUGUUUAAUAUGCAGGUCCCUUUUUCUGAUCUCCUAAUGAUCCCACAUCUUUUGAAGAACAACCUUGGGAAAUCAUAACUUAUUGCUCUUUGUAACUCUUAUUUUAUUUUCUCUGCAACACUUUAAAAAUGUAACUGAAAAGCUGAAUGUCAUUUUCUGGCUGAUUGUAAUCUAAUGAUAAUACCCAGGUGGAAUCACUGUUCACAAUCACCCCAGUUAUUUAGGACCUGCCCUUUUAUACCCAUUCAGUUGUGAAGUAAAUCUUUACACUCUUCCUACCUUUAAAAUCCAGCACGUCUGAUGUAAGAGGAGUGUUUGUUUGGGUUUUUUUUACCCAUGUCUGUCUGUUUGUUACCCUGCUUUCAGACUUUGGAUGUACGUGGACUCAGGGUUUUUAUUUUUGAAGAAAACACAUGAAAGCAUUUGUUGUGCAUGUAAGCUAGUACCUGGCAAUUUGGAAAGAAGACAGAUUGAAGUACCAACUAUUUAUUGCCAGUUUCUGUUUCAGUCAAGCACGCCGUUUUAUUUCUUUUUGCCAUCUAUCCACUGUCUGUUCUUUUGGGCUGUAUUGUUUUUUUUUUGGCCUAGUGCAUAUACAUAUACAUAUGUAUAUAUAUAUAUAUAUAUAUAUAUAUAUAUAUAUAUAUAUAUAUAUAUUCAUAUAUACAUAUAUAUGUAAAAGUUAAACUUGAGUGUGGACUCGAGUAUUGAAUUAAAAUCAUUUCCCCGUGAGUUUCACCAGGUUAAAGAGCGGUUUUCUAAAAGGUGCUAAAAUGACUUCAUCGUGUUCAUUGAGUAGAAGUAGGCUGAUGUGUUUCUGAUGUGUUUGUGCGGUUGAUCAUGUUACCAUUUGUAUUUAUUACACCAUAACCAGCAGCUUUGUGCGUGGUAAAGAUAUCCUGACUGUAUAGCUAACGUUUUGCUGUUUAUAUGAAGGCGCGUUGAAAAGUUGAGUCUUUUAUAAUAAUGAAAGUGUUUUCUUUGGCUCUGGGUUCUGAUGUGUACAAAUAUUACAAAUUGUAUGAAAAAGAGUAUUGUCUUAAACUGCAACCUUCCCCAUUUCCAGAUGCUUUUCUUUUAACUGCACAACAGUUUCCUGUCAUUGUUUUCAAGGAUGUACUGAGUCUGAGGAUCACUCGCGUGCCGGCUGUAGUAACUUUGAUCUCCCUGAUAGUCUUUCAUCUCACGAAGCAUCAUGUUGGCUGUUUGAUCUGCUUAAAACAGGAGCACUUGUAAUUACCACAUGAUGUCACAUUCCCGAAAUAAAUAGAGUUGACUGUAAACUUUGUGAGAAUGUGCACACACGGCCAGUGUUUAGAUGAACACAAUACAUGCUCCAAAUGUUUUUCUCCCUCUAUGCUUUUGUAAAAACAGCUCCUUUGCAAACUAUUAAACUUCUUAAGUUGA